UAUCUAUUAAAACCCAACGCUUCACCUCUUUCUUCUCACAGCAGCUGCGCUAAUAAGAUUUCAGCCAUCGGAAUGGCGAAAACCUUCUCUCUUUUUUUCCUAUUUGUUUUUAUUUAUUUAUGAGAAGUAGUUUUGUUACGUAUUUUUUCUUCGGUGAAUGUGAUUUUGCGGUGUUGAGAAUGAUGAGAUCUUUGCAUAUGUGCAAACGCAGUACCGCCGUAGGCGAUGCAGUGAGCGGCACUUUCCACACGAGAUUUCUGACUCCCACUUGUUUUUUCUUCAAGUAAAUGGUGAUUUCUAACAUUGUCACUACUUUCUAGGGUUGUUUUAAUGACAGUGUGAAACGAAUUAGUCAGAAACAGUAAGCUUAACUUUAAGUUUGGAUUUGGAACAAAAGUUAUCCAUUGUAGUGGUGGAUUUUGGGUGAAGCCUCAAAUUAUGCUCUAAACAAAAUUCAGAUAAACUAAACAUAUUAACAUGUUUCACAACAUUUACAUAACUCAGUUGUAUGAAAUGUUGGCGUAAAUCCAUUCACUUCCAUCUCCCUGCCGUUCAUCUCCUUGCCGCCGUUCAACUUCAUAGCAACAAGGGUUUCGAUUCUUGCAGAGAUGGAUUUUGAAAAUAUGAAAAGGAAACAACUACAAGCAUUAUGCAAAGAACAUGGAAUUCCUGCAAAUUUAACCAAUUUAGAAAUGGCCAACAAGCUUUCUUCACUACUCAAGGUAAAUGAUGAAAAGCCCUUAACUCGAGGGCGAUCAUGUUUAAAGAUGUUGGAUGAGAAUGAGUCUGACGCUGUUAAUAGGAAGGUAAAGAAAGUGAAGUUUAGUCCUGAUAAUGAAGUUAUUGAGUUUACGAGAUCGGCUCAAGUGAAAAGGGGAGGGAGGCGGAAUACAAUGUUGUACAAGAACAAUUUGAAUGUUAGGAGUGAUGGGUUAAAAGUAGGCAUUUUGGAUAGUCCAGUUAGGGUUACUAGGUCGCAGGGAGUGAAUAUAGAAGAUGGUGUUACUGAGAAAAAGGGAAGGACAAGGCAGGUGAAAGAUAGUGUAAUUUCAGUGAAUAAGAGUAAGGAUAAAGUUGGAGUGACCACAAAAAGAACAUUGAAGAACAAGGAAGUAGGUAUUAUACUGGAAAAGAGGGAAGAAAAUGAGGGAGCAAAUGAUGGUGUACGGAUGAGUAGAAGAGUAAGAAGUCGAAAAAAUGCUAAAGAGAGUGUAGAGGAUUCUCAAGAGGAGCUGAAGAUGGAUGAAAGUGAAAAGGCAAUUGAUAGGGAAGAGAAGAGGGACAAGAAAGUGACAUUCAUUAGUGGUGGUCACAUGGAUGAGUGCACAAAGUCUGAAACAAAAGCCAAGGAGCCGAAAAGAGUAACAAGAAGGAAAUCUAUGACUCAUCAUCAGACCUUGCCUGUUCAAAGUGAGGUUGAUGCAGAAGUAAGGGAGGAGGUCGUGGAGAAGCCAGCUCGGGUUACAAGGUCUCGGAACUUGAAACCAGUUGAGGAUAAUCUCAGUAACAAAAGGAACCGGACUAGGGGCAGGAAAGCCAUUGAGACAAGUGAGGAACAGCUUUGUACUGAAUUUGUUGAAUCUUCAGUUGAAGCUGUCAAAGAUGAAGCCAGAGUAAUCACAAGAGGGUCUCGGCAGAAUAGUGUAGUGGAGGCACCCGAAAAGGCUUUGAAGAGGUCUGGAAGGAUAGCUAAUAAGGAUAAGGGAUCAAGGUUGAGUGAUGAUAUUACUAAAGAAAAGAUGGUUACUAGGGGUAGGACUAGAAAUCAGUCUAGCUCGACUGUACAAGCUUCAACAUCGGAAAGUGGAACCAAAAUUGUUGAAUCGAAGGGGAAACAUGAAGUGGUUCUUCAACUUGAAGAACCUGUAGAAGAUCCUCCUAGAAGAAGUGAUAGGCGCAAAUCUGUUUUUCCUUUGGAGAAAUUGAGAGGUGAUGAAGUUGCGGCCAAGAAGGAGAAAAGAAAUUUCUUGACUGUUAAUGAUGAUGAGCUAAGGCAAAAAGUCACAGAAGAAGAACCCCAGAAAGCAUUGAAGCGGUCAAAAAGGCUUGCUACACAAGUGGAAGAUUCAGUGUUGGCCAAAGAUGAUAUUGCUGAAAAUAAAUUAGGUAGACCAACUGAAUCUCAAGGGACUCUUGAAGUGGUUCUUCAAACUGGAGAAGUUCCUGUCAGAAGUAAUAGGCGUAAAUCUGUUGUUCCUUAUCUGGAGAAAUUAAGAAGUGAUGAAGUUGUGGUUUUAAAGGAGAAAAAAACCUUAAAUGCUAAUGAUGGUGAGAUGGGAAGUAAAAGGACAAAAGAAGAACCCCAGAAGAUUUCAAAGAGGUCUAAAAGGCUUGCUAAACAAAUGGAAGAUCCCGUACUUGCUAAACAUGAUAUUGCUGAAAAUAAAUUAGAAGAGAGGAGAUUGUCUAGAAGGAAUGUUGCUAAUGCAAAUGUAGACACCAAGAUAUUGGACAGAUCAGUGCAAGAAGAAACUUCUGUGGUAAAAGAAGAGAGGAGACGAUCUGGAAGGAGUGCUUCUAGGCAUACUCUUGCAGCAGUUUCAGAUGAUAAGAAGGAAAAGGGUGAGAAUCAGCUGACAAAGAGAAAUUGCGCUGUUCAAGAUAAAGAUUCUACCAACAAGUUCACCCUUCAAGAUUUAGACUCAGCGAAACAGUCCAUAAGUAGUUCAAAGGCAAGUGUCAAGGCAUCAGUUGUUAAAAAGACAAGUACUGCAGGGAAGAAGAAGCAGGGUCGACUUAAAAGAUCAAAUGUGGAAGUAGAAGUACUCAUGCCUGAGGACAUGGAAAUAGUCAGAGAACCUGACAAUAAAGAUUGUAAUAUCUCAGGGUCAGGAGGUACAAUGAGCUUCUCAAGAUCAUCUCUGAAUGAGCUAGAUGCUGUCCCAGAUGAUGUCAAUAUAAUUCUCGCUGGCACCAAGGAUGACACAACUGCUGAGUCGAGCAUCCUAGAUGACAAAUUAACUGAAGAAGGACCUCUUGUAGAUGCAAAUUCUUCUCUAUCUGAAAAUAAAUCUGCAUCGAAAUCUCUUCCAUUCAGUGAUCCAUUCAUCUCUGACGCUAGACCUGAGGAAAACCUACUUAAGGAGCUUUUGCAGUCUGACCACGAGGAGCAGCCUGCAAGCAAAGGCCUAUGUCCUGGUUCUGUUUUGGCUGAUGAUGCAGUUCCAAAUGACCUAACUUUUGACAAACAGGAGCCUGGUGCAACAGUAGUAGAUGAUGUAGAAGAAUUUGUUACAGGAUUAUCUUAUGAUGUUUUUGAUAAUUGUUCACUAAGCCAGAGUAAUAAUAUGGAAGAGAUCCUUGAUUCUGGAACUAAGGAUGAUGCAGCUGCUGAGUCAAGCCCCCUAGCUGACAGAUUGAUUGAGGAAGGACCACUUGUAGAUGCAAAUGCUUCCCCAUCUGAAAAUAAUUCCAUAUCUGAACCAUUCAGUGAUUCAUUCAACUCCAAUGCUACACCCAAGCAGAACCUAGUUGAGGAACUUUUGCAGUGUGAUCAUGAGGCGCCUGCAGGCAAAGAUCUAUGUCCUAGUCCAAUUUUGGCUGAUGAUGCUGUUCCAAAUGAAAUAACUUCUGACAAACAGGAGCAUGGUUCAAUAGCAGCACAUAAUGCGGAAGGAUUGUCUGAUGAAAUUCUUGAUAAUUGUUCACCAAGCCAGAGUGAAAAUAUGGAAGAAAACCUUGAUUCUGGCUUUAAAGAACAAUCAGAGACUGGAUGUGUUGUUACUGAAGGAGUAAGUCAUGAUGAACAUGAGCCUGCAAGCAAAGUCCUAUGUCCUGGUUCUGCUUUGGCUGAUGAUGCAGUUCCAAAUGACAUAAUUUCUGACAAACAGGAGCAUGGAACAGUUGAGGCAGAUAAUGCCGAAGAAGUUGAGACGGGUUUAUUUACUGAAGUUCUUGAUAAUAUGGAACAGCACUUUGAUGCUGGCUUGAAGGAACAAUCAGAGACUGGAUAUAUUGUUAUGGAGGGGGUAACUUAUGGUGAACAGGAGCCUGGAAGCAAAGGCCUAUGUCCUAGUUCUGUUUUGGCUGAUGAUGCAGUUCCAAAUGACAUAACUUCUGACAAACUGGAGUAUGGGUCAAUUGCAGCAGAUACUGCAGAAGAAUUUGACUCAGGAUCAUCUAAGGAAGUUCUUGAUAGCUGUUCAGUAAACCAGAGUGUUAAUAUGGAAGAUAAGCUUGAUUCUGGUUUUAAAGAAUCAUCAGCGACUCGAUAUAUUGUUUCUGUUGGUGUGAAUUAUGGUGAACAAGAGCUAACUGCAAUGGACUAUGCUAAAGAGUUGGAUGCGGGGUUGUCUAGUAAUGUUUUGUUGGACAAUCUAGGUGCUUUCAAUCAUAGCAAUGAGAUGGAAUGCAAAAUUUCUGAAGCAGAAGCUGAAUCUGGUCCUAUGGAACAAUCAGACGCUGAAUCUGAUCUAGUGGACGCUAAUUAUGAUCUAGAUGCACCCACCUUCACAAGUCAAGAUGAAAUUCAUGCAGAAGAAUGUAGAAACUUGGAGGUGGCUGCUCCCGAGAAAACCGUUUCAAGUCCCAUAAAAACAGUUCUAGAUCUUCAAGUUGCAGAACGUGGUGUUCUUGGUGAUGGCAUCACAUUACAUGUAACUCCAUUAGAGGAGUGUGAUGAAGAGAAGCAAGGCGAAGAGUCAAAAAUUUUGUUUGCCACUCCUGGUUAUGUUUCACAUUCUAAAGAAAAGAAAGCUUUUUUGGCUGGUGAUUCAAGGGACGAGGGUCUCGACAGAGAGGGGCAAGUUUCUCCUAUUAGUGGUAAUGAUACAUCAAAUCUCCAUAGUUCGUUACGAGAUUGUGGUGAACAUGGCCAAGGAGAGUAUCUGAAAAGACUGUUUGCCACACCAUUUGGUAGUAAAUGCAGCAAGGUAGAUGUAGCAACUAGUAGUGCGAUUAAUGAGACAAGCAGUCAGUGCCAGCACAGUUUCCAUGAAAAUGAGAACAUCACAUUACAUGUAACUCCAUCAGAGGAUUGUGAUGAUGAGAAGCAAGGUGAAGAGUUAAAAGUUUUGUUUGCCACUCCUGGUUAUGUUUCACAUUCUAAAGAUGAAAAGAAAGCUUCUUUCGAUGGUGAUUCAAGGGAUGAGGGUCUCAACAGAGAGGGGCAAGUUUCUCCUAUUAGUGGAGAGUAUCUGAAUAGAUUGUUUGCCACACCAUUUGGUGGUAAAAGCAGCAAGGUAGAUAUAGCAACUAGUAGUGCGAUUAAUGAGACAAGCAGUCAGUGCCAGCACAGUUUCCAUGAAAAUGAGAACAUCACAUUCCAUGUAACUCCAUCAGAGGACUGUGAUGAAGUUAAGCAAGGCGAAGAGUUAAAAAAGUUGUUUGCCACUCCUGGUUAUGUUUCACAUUCUAAAGAAGAAAAGAAAGCUUCUUUGGAUGGUGAUUCAAGGGAGGAGGGUCUCAAAAGAGAGGGGCAAGUUUCUCCUAUUAGUGGUAAUGAUACGUCAAGUCUCCAAAAUUCUGUCUGUGAUUAUGGUGAACAUGGCCAAGGAGAGUAUCUGAAAAGAUUGUUUGCCACACCAUUUGGUGGUAAAAGCAGCAAGGCAGAUAUAGCAACUAGUGUUGCGAUUAAUGAGACAAGCAGUCAAUACCAACAUAGUUUCCAUGAAAAUGAGAACAUGGGGGAAGAUCUUAAAGGUUUGUUUGCUACGCCCUCUGUUGUUUCACAAUCUGUUGGAGACCUGCACUACCUUUUUGAAAAUCAAUUGAGUGGAGAAGCAAUGACCACUAGAGGACUUGGCUCAAGUGGAAAAGUAAAUUUAAGUGAAUCUGUCAGGGAUUUGUUUGAGAACAAGCAAGUGGAACAAGUAAGGACUUCAUUUGCAUCACCAGUCUCUGUGAAAUGCAGUCACCAAGAGACUACUUCUACCAAAGGAAACUAUAGCCUAAGUCAUGAAAUGGAACGUUAUAUUUGCAGUGGAGUGGAAAGAGAUCUCAGUGAAUCGGUUUCUGAACAACAAAUGGUGCCGGAGAUCAAUCAGAGCAGUCCGAACAGAAUUGCUUCUCCUAUUUCAGAGCCUACAUGUGAUGAUAUUGGAUUUUCCGAACAACAAAUGUUGCCGGAGAUCAAUAAGAGCAGUCUCGGGAACAUUAAAACGUCUGAUGCUUUUAAUGAUGGUACUGAAGAUCACUUGAGACUGCUGUUUGCCACCCCAAUCAAAGAAGUAAGCCCUUCCAGAUUGGGUGAAGCUUCUAGUUGUCAAUUGAAGACAGCAAUGAUUGCAUGGGCUUCUGAAAUGGCUGGUAAGCAGCCUAAGCAAGGGUUUGAAUUUGCUGGAGAACCACUUACUGUUGAGAUUAUUAGUGGAGGUUCUGAUAGAACAAAAAGCUCUCAUUUCUCCAAAGAGAUUGAGCAAUUUAAAGGAGGGCCUCUGUUUACUACACCAUCAAAAGGUACACGUCCACUACAGUUUGAGGAAAGUCCUGGUUGUGAGGAAGAUAUCUUCAAGUAUCUGGAUGGUGUUAAGCUCCUUAACAAUCGAGAACAAAAUUUUGAACAGCACAGAGAUUGUCAAUUUUCAAAUGCAAUAACUGCUGAUACAGGUGAAGCUACACUUCAUUGGAUUCAAACAAACGAUGACAAUGUUCCCAUACAGACAGAACUAGAGACACAGAAAGAAAUUGGUUCUGCCCGUCCAUUCGAGCCCUUGCAUGAGGAAGGGGAAGUCACAGAAGAUAAUGCUCUGGCUGAGGGCAAGGAAGACAAUCAUCCAGUACCAUAUCAAGAAUCUAUUGAAGACGAAGUAAUUAAUAUUGAUGAAGCAGCAAAAAGUGGUGCUUUAAGUGAUGCCAUUUGCCAAAAACCUAACAUUCUUUUAACUGACAUCAAAACUGAGAACGUAACUCAGGAGAGCACAAGGAAGACCGAUGGCUUUUCUGUUAGUGCUGAAAGUGGAAUUCUUGAAUUUGAUGCUGAAUCCACUGCAUUAAGAAGUCAGGAACCAAUUAUCAUCACAGUAGAAGAGACUAAGGGAGAUGAAGUGCAAAAAUUAGAAGUGAGCAAUAUCAGUAAUACUUUCCUAGAUAAUAUCCUCAAUGAUGAUGAAUAUGCAAAAAACAAUUCAACAGUUUUGCCUGCUGAUGAGCAAUUCCAGUUUCCAGAACAUUAUGUGAUAGAAAAUGAUGUUUCGAGCACUGAGGGGUUUACUGCUUUCACAAAUGAAUGUCAACAUGCUUCUAAGGAAUAUGAUCUUGCUGCUGAGGGGGACAGACUUGUUAUAUUUGAAUCAAAUGAAAGCACGUCUAUGAAUGUUAACGAUUCAGGUCUCACUACACAAAUGGACAUGCCUGGAAUAUUUGCAGAAGAGCCUCGGUGUGGAAGUGAUAAAGAGAAGUCAAGUGCAGCUAAGCAACAAGAUGAAUCUUUUGAUAAAAAGGAGCAUGAAUCAACCGAAGCAGUGUUAGCACCUUCUAAAUCUCAUGAAGGCAUUAGCUUUACCGAGGAAGGCAUUGCUGGUGAAGGUAAACUGAUAUUUGAGAAAAAGGACGAGUUGGCUGAAAAGAAAGUAGCUUUAACCCCAGCAACAGGUGUGGCUAAAACAUCUUUUGCCAAGCACUUGAACUCCACUGUGAAAAAGAAGAAUGCCAGAAGCAUUCUGAUACAUGGAACCCCUAACAAACUAACUCAGAUAGCUGACAUGAAAGAAAAUGCUCCAAAUGUCAAAGGAGAUAUCGGCACUUUAACUGCGUUAAGGCCGGACAAACGACCUGCUUUGAAAGACCUCCCAAGGAAAUAGAAGAAACAUGUGUGUUAAUCUUGUGAAUUUUUUUCUGUUUUGAUUGUCCUGGUUUGAUGAUGGCUGCACAUCUCAUGGCCUAUACUUCUGUUACAUGAGAACAAAUAGUUUGUGUAAUUAUGUUCUUUUUAUAUUAUUCCAUGGGAUUGACAUUGGAACUGUUCUAAUUUUUUUGGUAAAAGAUUGAUUGACAAGAACAAAACUCUUAAUGUAAGGAUUUUAUUACGAAUCUCAAAGAUAAUUUCCAGAUUUUGCA